AUGCUCCGGUACUUAUACCAGCGCGGCGCUGUCUCUGCCAAGACAUCGCCCACUGGCCUCACACCUCUUGGCACUCCGGACGGCAGAAUGCAGCUCAAGACACACGCCGAGGCAGCUUAUAACAACGGAGCCUUCAUGGCAAGGACGUAUAAAGCGAGCUCUCCACGGUCCACUGCCUCCACAACUUCGACAACCAAACUAGCCGAUCGACACUACCCGCCUAUCCAGAUUUCAACUAUGAGCUCUUCACUGCCUCCUCUCGAGUCUGGCAAAGUCCAGCUCCCCGACGGCCUCCAGCUGCACGUCACGUCCUACACCGACAUGGACAUGAACGACGACGACCCCCAGCACAUCCGCGACGAUCACGUCGAUAUCAUCAUUGGAAUUGUUGUUGCAUUUGUUGUCGUUCUCAUCGCCAUCAUCGCGUUCUUCUGCUCGGUCAGGCCUUUCCCCGACUGUACUGCACGAGUAGCGAUCGGCGUUCGCACCAGCCACCACUUUCCGAAGUUUGUGGCUCUUCCCCACCACGCUGUUCACGCUCAGUCACUUCUUUCGCAGCAUCUCUUCGCCAGAUCUCUCCCAUUCUUCCGUUCGCUACUUUCGUCACUCGCAUUCUUACCGGCGACUUGCGCACAUCUCAGUGUGCGUUCAAAAGCAGCGAUGGGCGUCCGUCGCAUCCGACGUGCACAGCUUGGUGGAGCUGGUGAGACGUCAAGUUUCGCCGACAGCCGCCGGAGCCGCACUACAACCACGCACAACUCGGCGUCGGGUAGCCUGCCGGCAUUUGCUUCGACCUCGGUCUCUGAUCCUGUCUCGUCCGGCCCAACUUUGCACAUACGGCAUCACGAUGACAAGGAUGAGAGCCGCACUACCAAGAUUGUGGCUGGCACUGCGGCAGGCGCGGGCAUGUUGCUCCUCGGUGGACUAGUGUUGAUCUGGUACAUGGUUUGGAAACAGAGGAGGCGUCGGAACCGCGAGCGUGCGCGGCAGCAAGCUCGAUGCAAGGCUGACAGCAGCGACCCCCUCACCGUCGAGCAGCCGGUAAUCAUCACGCCGUUCCCGAUGUCGGAGCCCGCAAACUCUCCACCUCGCUCCCCGCCCACAUCUAUGCGAACGCACCUCUCCGACCCGGGUCCCGGGGCGCACCACGCCAAGCCCUUCGCCUACCUCCAGACAGACAGGACGGGGAAGCUAGGCUACCCUUCCAGUCCGGCUGCGACGCGCCCUCAGCCAAAGCGUGCGAGCACCGAGCUCGUCACGCGCGACGAGCUCAAGCAGGCACAACGUCACAGUACCAUUGACAGCACCCCAUACAACGGGAGGAGGCGCAGUCACCUGCCCCCGCCCGUUAUGCCGAGCAUCUUGGGCUCGCCGACGAGCAGCACGCACACUGAGAGUCCGCACCUGACUCCGAUCGAGAACGUGAGACUGCCUCCCUGGCCACCCUCAGAGAGACGGUCGCUGGAACAGGUCGCGCGUGCUUCGCUGCAGAUGGACCGGGCUUCGAUCAGCAGUACGCCGUUGCAGACGCCUCGCUCGUCCACUGGCCCACUGCCUCCGUGCUCACAGGCUGGUACGCCACAGGUCGGCACGCCGAUUCACACGCCCCGUUCGUCAACUGGCCCGCUGCCGCCUCAACUCUCGCCGCGUGCUCCGCAUCAGCCCCUCCCCGCCGUGCCCAGACCGCAGCGCACGCUGCCGCAGCAGCCAGUGCACGCAUCUCCGCUCCUUAUCCCCCGCCAGAAUCCAGACGUCUCAACGCGGCCAUUCUCCUACCCGCCCAGUGUAGCGAGCUACACUCCUCCGAGCUCGCGCGGUCCCAGUCCACUUGCGCCCCGCGGCCCCAGUCCUCACUACCCCUCUCGCGGCACCAGUCCCUCCUUCGCUCCGCCCGGCGGUGGCCCUCCCCCCCCACGCCAGCUCAGUCUGCCCGCCCCGCUUGGCGUUCUUCCACCCUCGGCGUACCCGAACAAGCGCUACUCGGUAGAUCAGCUACCCGCCCGCGGAACACAGAGCACGACGGUCCAGAGCCUGCCCUUCGGCGCUAGACCCGCGCGCACGCCCAGUCCCGGCCGACUCUCGGACCGCCACAAGCGGGGGUCGGAGGAGAUUCUCGUCCGCCGGGCUUCGGAGCAGGACCUCCUCGCUGCAGCCAGGAUGGGGAGAAGCACGCCGUCUCCCUCAGGUCUGAGGCUCGUGACCGCCCGUACGCCCUCGCCUGGCGGCAGCUCGAUCUCCUCCUCUAGCUGGCCACUGCCCACCCCGCUGAAUGAUCCGGCCAACACGCCCCCGGUCCGCGGACGGCCGCUUCCCGGCACACCGACGAGUGCGCCUGCAACACCAACGGGCACGCCGACGGCGACACCGGGCACGCCGACACUCAUCCCCGCCACGACGGGACAAAGUACUGGCAGCAUCAGCAGGCCGCUGCCCGUGCCGCCCCCUCUGUCUUCGCCGACACAGCCCAAGUCGCCUCUACCCCAGAUCCCUGAUCCUGUGGUUCAGGAGCAGAGGGUGGUCAAGGACAAGAGUCCGGUCAGUCCGACCUCGAUGCCGAGCGACCAGCCUCCCCCAUACUCUUAUUCGCCUGGCGAAGCGCUGCCCGAGAAGACUCGUGGUCCAAACGUGCUCUCCCGAACCGCGAGUGGGAGUAGACAGGCGUGCGUCUACAAGCCCUCUGCACGCCCGGGACAGCAGUAUGCCCUCUAG